AUGCUGCUAUCCUGGUGCUCCACCACCGGAGCUCUCAGCAAGCUCCCAUGGCGGGCGGCGAUUUCCGAUGCUGCGAUAAUCUACAUAAAAUCAACCAGAACCGGGGAACGUCUUACACUCUACGCGCAGCAUAUCAGCGAUCUAGCGAAAACUGUCGACUAUCAUCAACAACAGCAACCAAAUCCAUCAAUCGCCAUGGCUCGCGACCCGAUUACCUGUCACGUCCUUAAUACCCUGACUGGAACUCCAGCAGCGAAUCUACCUUGCACAUUAACUCUUUUGUCUUCUUCCUCGGGGAAUACAAGCAAAAACACGCCCACCGAACGCACAUUCACAGCCAUUACAGACUCAGACGGAAGAAUAAAGACCUGGAGUCCAUCCUCUUCCCCAUCCUCUUCCCCACAAACCGAUACAGUCUCUUCUUUCCUAGAAUCCCUCCCAGCGCCAGCUUCCAAGACGAAUUGGUCUAUUCGCUUCGACGUUGGACCAUGGUUCGAGGCACAAGGAGUAGAGAGUUUCUGGCCAGAGGUGGAGGUCAAAUUUACGGUGCGCGGACGCGGUGUUGAAGGUGAGGAGGGUUGGAGACAUUAUCAUGUGCCUGUUUUGUUGGGGCCUUGGAAUUAUUCGACAUAUAGGGGCUCGUAA